AUGAAUAGAAAUUAUUUAUUCUUAAUAUUUAUUAUUUUAAAUAUUAUAUUUAUUAAAAUAAGUAAUAGUACAAUUCAAAGCAAUAAUAAUAAAAAUAAUUUUAAUAAUAAUAAAAAUAUUAAUAAUAAUUUAGAAGAACCAAAAUCAAUUCAAACUAUAAUUGACCAUUACUUUGGUAACUUUUUAACAUCUCCAUUAGGUAAAAAAGUUAGUAGUAAACAUUAUAUUAUUUUUGAAGAUCCAUUAGAAAAAGAAAUACCAUUUGAAAAAAGUUAUGGUUAUAAUUGCAAACAUGAUGAAAUAAGUCAAAAAUUAAAAAAACCAAAUUUUAAAAAAAGACAUAUUUAUAAAAAAGUUGAAGAUUAUUACCCUGAAUCAUCUUCUUCAAGUUAUACUUCUUUUUCUUCUUCUUCAUUUUCAAAUGAAAAUAAAGAAUUUCAAUCAACAGAAAUUUUAAAUGAAAAAGAAUUAAUACCUCAACAAUUAACAUUACAAAGACCAGUUCAAAAUAGACCAAUUACAAAUAAAAAUGAUGAACCACAACAACAAGCUCAACAACAAGCUCAACAACAACUUGAACCUCAACCUCAACAACAAUCAAUACAAGAUAAAUAUAAACCAAUACCAGGAUAUGAAAAUAUUGAUAAUAAUUUAUUAAAUGAAAAAAUUCAAAAUAAUAAAAUUCGUUUCUUUAUUAAUGAAAGUUAUGUAGUGGGUAAAGGUGAUAAGGGCGCAUGUCAUAUGGUCGGUCAAAAAAUUAUUAUGGGAUUUAGUGGUGUUGUUAAGGAAGAUUGUAGAAUUGAUGUUUUUAGUGGUGCCAUUUUGAAUACUCCAUGCUUUUAUAGUUGUCAAGAGAAAGAUAUACUAACUGAAGAUUUGAAGGUACUUUUAAUGGAUUAUGUUGUAAAAGCAACUUUUGAUAUAUUUACCAGUAUAAUAUCAGUUCGUACACCUGAUAAAACUUUAAAAUUAGUGGAGGACCCUGAUGAACCAAAACCAGUCCAAUGUACACGUGGUGUUUACAUACCAGAGGAAUUAUACACCACUGGUAUCAAUAAUACCGAUCAUUAUGUUUUCAUUACAUCAAGACCAACACCAGACCUAAUGACAAUUGCAUACUCUUUGAUUUGUGAUUCACCAAUCUAUUACUAUGGUAGCGCUAAAGAUGAAUGGGUUUAUGAAAGACCAAGAGUGAGUGUACUAAAUUUCAAUCCAAAUUAUUUCACUAAAAUCUUAGAGAGUCAAAGUAAAUGGACAUUCAAUCAAUUUAUGAGAGUUGGUAUCCAUGAGAUGGUUCAUUCACUUGGAUUUUCAUCACCACUUUAUAGUAGUUUCAUUAAUCCUGAAAGUGGGUUACCAUAUAGUGUAAAUAAAACAAUAACUAAAACAGUACAAGAGAAUGGUACAUCACCAUUAGGUAAACCAUUCAUUCGUGAGAAAUAUUUAAUUAGUUCACCAUCUGUUGUAAAUUUCACUAAAGAGUAUUUCAAUUGUGAUUCAGCAGAAGGAUUUGAAUUGGAAGAUUAUGGUGGUGCAGGUACUGCUGGAAGUCAUUGGGAGAAAAGAACAGCCGAUGAAGAGAUAAUGACUGGUUACAUUUCACCAACGUUGCCAUUAAGUAGAUUAACUUUAUCUUUUCUUUAUGAUACUGGUUGGUAUUUCCCAAAUUUUAAUUACUCUGAACAACAUAAAUGGGGUAGUAAAUUAGGAUGUAAUUGGUUAAAGAAUUGUGAAAUUGAUUCUUGGUCUCAUCAAGGAUACUAUUGUGAUAACUUUAGAGAAAUGGGUUGUACUGCCAAUAGAUUAGGUAAAGGAAUUUGUCAUAUAGUUCGUUAUCAAGAUACAAUACCUGUAAUUUAUCAACAUUUUAAUUCAACAUCAAUUGGUGGUAGUAAUCGUGCCUCUGAUUAUUGUCCAUACUAUCAAAUAGUUCAUUCAGUAUCUUGUCCAAGUUGUUCCUAUUGUUCAAAUACUGAAGAAUCUCCAAAUAAAUCAAUAAAAGAAGAAUUUGGUAAAAAUAGUAGAUGUUUUAAUUAUAAUUUACUUUACCUUAGUAAUGAAAGAUUUAUUAAUAGAAGAACUAAUACUAGUAAUAAUAAUAAAAAAGUUAAAACUAUAAAUAAUAAUAAUAAUGAAAAUAAUGAAAAUAAUAAAAUUAGUAGUAAUAGUGAUGAUAAUAGUAAUAAUAAUAAUAAUAAUAAUAAUAAUAAUAAUAAUAAUAAUAAUAAUAAUAAUAAUAAUAAUAAUAAUAAUAAUAAUAAUAAUAAUAAUAAUAAUGGUCAAUUAUAUGAUGAAUAUCAAGAAAAUAAUAUUAUUAGUGAUCCAAUGGCAAAUAGUUUAUCAAGGAAAUCAAAUGUUGAAAAAAAAGUUGGAUGUUGGGUUAAUAGAUGUAGUGAUAAAAAUAUUGUACAAAUUAAAAUUGAAAAUGAGUGGUUAGAUUGUAAUUAUAAUUCAACUUUACAAAUACCUUUAGAAAAUAAUCAAUUCAGUACCAUAGUUUUAGAAUUAGUUUGUCCUACUGAUAUGGAUUUAUGUAUUAAUAGAUAA